AUGGAAGUUCCAAUUGUACAAGGAACCGCCGUUCCUGCUGGAGGCGAGAAGUACCACGACAAUCAGAACCACUAUCAAGAGAGCAACAACAACAGCAACAACAACAACAACAACAACAACAACAAUAAUGAAUUUAGCCAUUUGACUCCCAGCGUCAGACCCGAAAUGCAACCUUCUGGAUACCGCGACGUCGGCUGGGCUGGGUUGUUUGUGGUUCAUUUGGUGGUGAUGGUGGUUGUGAUUAGCAUCAAUAUGGGAUCCGGUGCGGCUGCUGCGGCCAAUGGCAAUGGUGGAGUGGCGGAACCGGAUUAUUCGGGAAUUUAUUACUUGGUGGGGAUCACCGCCGUGUCCACGAUUGCCCUGGGGUCGGCCACUUUGCAAUUCAUGAUGCGGUAUCCAGAAGAGCUGGUUAAGGGAUCUCUUGUAAUCACUGUAGCCCUGAGUGGUGUCAUGGCCAUUUUGGGAUUGAUGAGUGGACAAUUGUUUGCUGGAAUUUUGGGGAUUCUCUUUUUUGCGAUUGGAAUCUGUUAUGCCAAGUCGGUUUGGCCACGCAUUCCAUUUGCAGCCGCCAAUCUCAAUACGGCUUUGACGGCUGUCAAGGCGAACAUGGGUGUUACUUUUAUUGCGUAUGGUAUGAUCUUGCUAGCUUUUGGUUGGUCCAUUCUUUGGUUCAUUGGCGUUGGCGAUUCGCUAUCCAGCAACAAUACCGCAGUGGUCUUUGUCUUGCUCGUCAGUUUCUACUGGGUCCAACAAGUCUUGAGCAAUACCGUCCAAACCACAGUGGCGGGAACCAUUGGAACCUGGUGGUUUGUCCCCGACGAAGCCAGCAGUUAUUGGUCCUCGGCCAUUAAAGAAUCCUUUGGAAGAGCGACCACUUAUAGUUUUGGAUCCAUUUGUUUGGGAUCCUUUAUUGUGGCGGUCGUCCAAGCCUUGCGGGCCAUUGCUCAUCAAGCCCGCCAGAAUGAAGAUGCCCAAUUGUUGGUCUGUGUCAUUGAUUGCAUCCUAGCAUGCAUUCAAGAUAUCUUGGAGUACAUUAACAAGUGGGCCUAUGUCUAUGUGGGAUUGUAUGGCUUUGGGUACAUUGAAGCCGGAAAGAACGUUUUGGAACUCUUUAGGAGCAAGGGAUGGGAUGUCAUUAUUGCGGAUGAUCUUUGUGAUCGUGUCUUGUUCAUGGUCAGUUUGGGAGUGGGUGUCUUUACUGGAAUCAUUGGAUUGGUCUGUGCCUUUUUGGAUAGUAACCUACUGGUGGCCUUUGAUCUCGGGGAGUCCUCCGCUUCGGCUGGAUUCUUUAUUGGAUUGGUGGUUGGCUUUGUCUUUUGCAGCAUUUUGAUGAAUGUGGUGGGAGGAGCCGUCAACACGGUCAUCGUCUGUUAUGCCGAAUCACCGGCCGAGUUCCAGACCAACCAUCCACAGUUGGCGCAUGAAAUGAGGUCGGCGUACAUGCAAGCCUUUCCCGAAUUGCGACUGUAA